AUGAAUCCAGGUACUAUAUUUGAAUUGGAGUUGGAUGAUAGCAAGUACUUCAAAUAUGUCUUCGUGGCCAUGAGUCAAUCAAUUAGAGGUUUUAUGUGUUGCAUUCGACCAGUUUUGGUUAUUGACGGGGCACACCUUAAAGGGAAGUACGAAGGUGUAUUACUAACUGCUUCUGUUGUUGAUGCGAAUAACCAAAUAUACCCAGUUGCUUUUGCAGUAGUCGGGAGUGAGAGCGUCGCAUCAUGGGUAUGGUUUAUGACUCAAUUGAAGAGUGUUGUCGACACCGUUCAGAAUUUGGUCUUCAUUUCUGAUCGACAUGCCGUCAUUUGUAAAGCGAUUGAUGAGGUAUUUCCUACUGCAUUUCAUUGCUUUUGUAUACAUCAUCUAAAUAUGAGCUUGCUGGCCAAAUUUAAAACGCCCGCGUUGGAGGCAUUAUUUUUUAAGGCUGCGAAAGCAUUUCGCGAGUCAUAUUUCAAUGAGAACUGGGUCCAACUGUGCGCACACCCAGGAGUGAGGGAAUAUCUGGAAGCUAUAGGAAAGGAACGAUGGGCUCGCUGCUUUCAGACGAAACUAAGAUACUCACAGAUGACCACCAAUAUUGCAGAGUCCGUUAAUGCCCUUUUCACGCAUGCACGUAAGUUGCCAGUCAUCGCAUUACUUGAUCAUAUCAGAGGUGUGUUGCAGAGGUGGUUCUACGAACGUCGGACGCUUGCUUCUUCACGUCAGAGUACGUUGUCUGACUACGCAGAGGAAAUGAUUGCCGAAGCUCCGGAUAAUGCACGGAGACACAUUGUUAUGAACAUCGACCAGUUUAAUUUUGAGGUACGCGACGGGAACCUCUGGGGACGUUGA